AAAACUCCCACCAUGACAACAGAGGGUUCUACGCCGUUCCCCUCUGGGGUAAAAUGUGGAUCUACUGCAAAAUAUUUGACUCUGUUGUGCGUGUUUGGGUGGAUUGCUGCUGUGUAUUUUAACGUCGGUGAGAGGCCUAGGACACCAUGGAAACCUCCACCGCCACGAAUGGAGUCCUUUCCAGUCAAGGUAAACAACUCUCUGAAUGGAGGUCAUCAUAAAAAUGCAACAGAUACCAGUCGUCUGGCAAGCAUUGCGCAGGAGAAGAGAAUCGCCGUCUUGAAGGAAUUCUGCAGGAAGAAUCCCGAUUCGUUUUCAAGGGGGUUCCAGUCAAAAAAGUAUCUCAAGAAUUUAAUCGUUAUUGAUAAGACUAAAACCAUUUACUGCUAUAUACCUAAAACUGGAUGCACAACAACAAAACUUGUCAUGUACAAUCUCCAACACGACAAGAAUGAGAGGAAUGAAGAUCACAAACUUGGAUGGAUUCAUCAGCAACGAUUUAAGUUUCUGAACAGCUACAGUGAGAAAGAUGUGCACAAGCGUUUGUCAACAUACAACAAAUUGAUUGUUGUCCGCGACCCAUUGGAAAGGCUGGCGUCUGCCUGGUUUGACAAAUUUGUGUACAACCCUCGCCGCUUCUCAUAUAUAAAGAGGUUACAGCGAGAAUUGUGGCAGUCUAACUUGACAACAACAAACAGGUCUGUGUCCAGGAAUGGACCAGGAUCUGUGGAAGCUACAAGUGGCGACCUGCCACCAGUUACCUUCAGGGAUUUUAUUUGGAGUAUUGUCAACAGGAGAUACCUAAAUAUCCACUGGGAACCGUUCUUCAGUCGAUGUGCUCCCUGCCAGGUUCAAUACGACUUCAUCGCUCAUACGGACACGCUACCAGAAGACCUUCGUCUGUUCUUCCACAGGAGCGGUAUCGUAGGGAAGGACGGCCUUCUCCCGAAAGAACGCCCCUCACGGGCUAAAUCCCGCGUCGGUAACAUUUUCGUAGAGGUCCCGACAGAGGACAUACGUCGCAUCGGAGAAAUCUACAAACCGGAUUUUGACAUGUUUGGAUACUCGUUUGACGACGACCUAGCGCUAAUUGAAAACGAACGGCACGGCUGAAUGAGUUAAGAAAUCACUCCAGUUUCAAACUUUUACUCCUUGGCAAAGAGCGCUUUAAAAAAGAUUGUUAUCCUUCAAAUAUAUUUUGAACAGAGGGAGAUUAUGAAUAUGAAUAACACAUGGAAAUCUUCCAAUUUAACAUGCAAAUAUGGACCUAAUUUGCAUAAUUAGUCUGAAAAUUCUAUGACUCCUUAGUGGUAAAUGAUGAGAAAUUCAUACUUGGGAGAUGUGUGAGUUAAU